UCGGCCGCAAAGAUAUCCUGAUAGCAGCAACGAACAUAAUCAGGGCAGACAAGCUGAUUUAGUUAAUGUGGACGAUGACGGUCACGAAGAUGAUGACGAUGAUAACGAUAGCUGUGGCAGAAUUUCACCAGGAGGCCCUGCAGAUGAGUACCUCCCGCAUUCUGCCUUCACCGAUCAAACAGUUGAUGGACAGAUGGCCGUGAGCUAUUCUCAGUCUCCUGACACCACCAAAUCCGUCGAAGUUGUAAGAGACUCCCUUCCUUCUUCAAGGAUGAACGUCAAAGCAGAGUCGGAAAAGUCAUUUUUGAGCGCAUGCCACAGUCCUACGCCUAGCCCCUCAUCCUCCCCAACGGCCAGCCCUUGUUCAGCUCGCAGCUCCUCUCCGUACCCAGGGUCGCCGCCCCUAUCGCCUCCCCCUUCGUCCUACUGCACGCCAUUCUCUGAAGGCACUCGGAGUCUCUCGUUCAGCUGCCCCAGCAGCCUCUACCCCGGCAGCAUCCUAACGUCAGGUGCUGCAGGCAUUAUCUCUUCGAGUACCUCGGCCUUCCUCCCACAUCCAAGACGAGCUAUGGCUGCUGCUGCGGCAGCGGCUGCAGCUGCGGCGGCAGCUCUCAGUCCAGCUGCUUCACAUCUUUUUUCAGCUGCAAGCACUCAUUGCAGUAACAUUUCAGUCAGCAGCGUCACCUCAAGCUUCAGUUCUACCACUCCUGGUGGUCAUUAUGUUGCUGCUCGACUCACGCCUGCUCGCAUCGCCUCUGGUCGAUCAGGUGACAGGCUGCUGGACAUCCCGUGCAAGGUGUGCGGUGACCGAUCGUCCGGCAAGCAUUACGGCAUCUACUCAUGUGACGGUUGUUCUGGUUUCUUCAAGCGCAGCAUUCACCGCAAUCGCGUGUACACAUGCAAAGCUUCAGGCGACCUCAAGGGAAAAUGUCCCAUCGACAAGACGCAUCGCAACCAAUGCAGGGCCUGUCGCCUCAACAAGUGCUUCUCCGCAGCCAUGAACAAAGACGCAGUACAACACGAGCGCGGGCCUCGCAAGCCGCGACCUAAGGACACGGCCGGUCUGCCCGGCGUCUCAGUAACGUUCCCUGGAAUGCUGCCGCACUCGGACCACAACCCCUUCCAUUACACCGCCACCUCCGCCGCCAUCGAUUCCAACAACUCCACCAGGCUUAGGCCAAUGUUGUUGCCUCCACCACCUCCACCGUCUGGUACAUCAACAUUACCAAACAUUAAGCACACUCACCUCAACCAGCACAGACCCAAUACCCAUCAUGGACUCACCGAGGGACUUAUUGCUCCAACUCCUCUCUUUCUACCCCACUCGACCCAUGCGAGUGUCCCAGUGAUGCCGUUCUCACCACAACAUGAAAAAAUGUGGCUCCACGCAUCUCCGUCGCACAACGCAGCUCUGAACAACAUCACAAACAGCAUCGCUAGUAAAAUCAACAGCAGCAGCAGCAGUAAUAGCAUCAUAACUAGUAUCAGUGACCACGCUAACAGGAUGAAUAUGAAUGAAAUAUCGGAGAGUGCAUUCCACGACAAUAAACCUACACUCGAAGAUGGAAUAGACGAUUUAUCAUCCAGUGCAGCAUCGAUUAUUAGUAAAUUAUCAUCAAGCACAAUUGUGUUCAACCAUGGCUCUAACACCAAUCAGGCAUCACCCAACAACAACAACGAUUCCAACAGACACUCCCUCUCCUCCUCAAGUUCGAGUAAUCCCUACGAUGGUUCAAACAUCAUCUUCAACGGUAACCUCUUCUCAAGAGCAGCAAUUGGGGCCACAGCUUUUCACUUCCCCAUGUCGUCAAUGCCUACAAUACUCCCCUUUGCUCCCACAUGGGAAAUUUUCCAGGAGACCACAGCUCGGCUGCUCUUCAUGAUGGUGCGUUGGAUCAGGUCUUUGGCUCCAUUCCAAACACUCUCACGACAAGACCAGUGCACGUUGGUUGAGGCGUCAUGGAAGGAGCUCUUCCUAGUACACUUGGCACAGUGGUACCUUCCUGUGGACCUUGCCCCGCUACUCACCUCUCCUGCCGCGUCUCUCAGAGUGCCUCAAGACGUACGCACGGCCAGCGAGGUCGCCACAAUACAGGACGUACUCAGGCGCUUCAGGCACCUCAGCCCCGACACCACAGAGUGUGGCUGCCUCAAGGCAGUGCUGCUCUUCAAACCAGAAGCAGGAGACCUGGUAGACCUUCACCCUGUAGAGAUGCUACAAGACCAGGCUCAGUGCAUCCUCAGCGACUACAUCAGGAGUCGCUUGCCACGCCAGCCCACGCGCUUCGGGCGCCUGCUGCUGCUGCUGCCGGGGCUGAAGACGGUGAGGGCGUCCACGGUGGAGGCGCUUUUCUUCAGAGACACCGUCGGGGAUACGCCCAUACACAGGCUCGUGCUCGAUAUGUACACCAUGGACAAAAGCGACUGAAUUAAUAUCAAAUAUUGUGUCUCCAUCAAAUAUUCCAUCGCGCAUUUUACUUCAGGUUCGUAGUUUGCAUCAUGAAUUAGAACCAGUCGGUAAAUUUCUUGGCUUAAAAAAAAUGUAACAUGUUCAUUCAUGGUUGAAGUUAAAGGAUUAAGAAUAUCUAACAUUUUCGAUAGAUGAUAUUAUUUGAAAUGAAACCUGGAUACAUGGAAUUCUUUAAACGCUUAUUGAUGCAUUGUCAACACAGCAUCAUUUCAAUCAAUGUAUGGACGUUGUUACGAUGUAUGAAUAUUUAAUAACGAUUCCUAUCCGCGUGAUCCGAAACAAAAUACCAAAUAAUGAGCGUUUCUAGUAAAGCUGAAAAGGAUGAUAAUGCAAAAAAUGAUGUCUAGCGUGAUGUUGAACUAAUGAACCAUCAAAUUUCUCGAGUUUUGGAUAAUCUCAAGAUUGCAAGUCUUUGAAAAAUUAUUGUAAAUUAAAAUCUGAAAGAAUUUGACUAAGUCCUACAUUUACUUCAUUUAAAGUGUUUUUUUUUGUACAAAUCCAAGAUAUCUUCUGAAUUCAUUGAUGUGAUUAUAAUAUCUCAUGCUCCACAAUUUUAGCUUUACCAUAAGAACCAUAUGUUUAUCGCGUAGGUAACUUGAAUACUGUGAAUUAUUGUGCCAAAUUUGUGUAGACUUCAAUAUGAUGACUCUUCACUGCAUCACUCUGACUUCUGCUCGAAUUUUUUUUAUUUUAUUUUUUUACCGGUAUAUAUCGCAACUUUGUUCACAUGGGAGUACACUCUUAUAAAAAAUGUUGCAUUAUAUUUUUCUCCUCUGCAUGA